GUAAUUAUGAAGUCCUUGGCUGGUCAUGACACACAUCAACACCAUCAUCACAGACACCCUAAACCCACUCCAAUUCACAUACCAUCCCAACAGAUCCACAGAUGAUGCAAUCUUGCACUUCACACUACCCUCUUCCACCUGGAGGGGAAAUAACUGACAAUGCUGUUCAUAGACUACAGCUCAGUGUUCAACACCAUAGUCCCCCUCCAAGCUCCUCACCAAGCUAGGGACCCUGGGACUGAACCCUGGGACGGGACCCUGGGACGGGACCCUGGGACUGAACCCUGGGACUGAACCCUGGGACUGAACCCCUCCCUCUGCAACUUAACCACAAAGCACUACAGAGGUUGGUGCGGCAACCCAGUGCAUCACUGGGGCCAUGCUCCCUACCAUCCAGGACCUCUAUAUCAGAGGAAGGCCUGAAAAAUUGCCAAAGACUCCAGCCACCCUAACUAUAGACUGUUUACUCUGCUACCGUCUGGCAAACGGUAUUGGAGCACCAGCUCUCAGACCCACAGGCUCAGUUAAAAAGCUGUUCAUUUUUGUCAGCCUGAUUUAGGCCUUAGCCGAUUUUCGUUGGUGUAUUUUAGUUUUGACUACAAAUUAAAUUAUUUUUUAUUUGCAAACCCUCACGUGUGCCUGGACUGGAGAAUAUUUUAUGCCACUUAACACCUAUUUGUGGUUAUAAUUUUUCCUUGAAACCAAGAUCAUGUAUAUGCUGCUUUAGAAAUGCAGCAAACCGAUAUCGCCUUUCAAAGGUGAGCGACAUUUAGUCUAUCCAUUUAGGACUGGCAGGGAUUUAUUUGAUGCUCUGGCUUGGGCUUCAGUGAAACAAACACACACUGAAUGAAGCCUAGCCAACUGUAACAAGCCUAUGUUUUAAUGACAGCAGGUCCAGCAUUAUGCAAAUGAGCGUGGGUAGUGCAGCGGCAGCGCGAGGCAGAUUAGAGCUGUGCCUGGGAUCAGUGAGCACACGCGCUCUAUCCCCCUCCCUCUCAGAGCAACUAGUGCCUCUGUCUGUCUCUCCUUUCUCCGCUUUUCCUCUCUCUUUAGCUUUUCACUAGUUUUUCCCUCAUUCUGUUGUUCCCGUCGGCGGAUGAUUCGUGUGUUUCUCUUUGAGAAGCAGCUCUGAUUUUCCUUUGUGUAAAAUAAUCGCGCAUUCGCACGGACUCGCGCUGCGCGCACACCGCUCCGGUUAAACCAGCGCCGUUUCCUCUUUUCUAGUUAAACGGAAAUAAGAAUAAAGAAAAUGCAUCAUUACAAUUUCAUCGGUAUUUCCCCAUGUAAGCACACACACUCCCCCCGUAUGUUAGUAUUUGGUGUAUAGCACUUAGAACGAGCGCUGGUUUGAGGUUUAGAGAGACCGGGCUGUAAGUAGGUCGGGCUGGGUUUAAGCGGCUUUAGCCUGCGUCAGCCUAAGCUGGGAGGAAUUCACCCAAAGCCCUCCGCGGUAGGCGGGGGCCUAAACGAGGCUGGCCUAGUUAAGCCUGAUUCUUAUUGUUGCCCGUGUGUGUUGUGUAACACAGAGCAGAGAAGACCUCGGAUGAGAGAGAGUACAUGCGUUAGACAGACUGUUUGAUUGAGAAUCCAUGAAGGGGGAGAAAGAAGAGGGACAAGGAAGAGAGUGAGUGAGAGUUAAACCAGUAUUAGCCUGAGCCUCAUCACAGAACAGAAAGAAAAGGGAGGUAGAGAACCAGACCAAAUCUCAAAAGAAAGAGGAAUAUAAGCGAGAUAUUGUGUUGAGUUAGUGCUGGUGUCUAGGCCUGGCUCGGUCCAUUCUGGUUCCCUGGGCUAUGUUCUAAGAUGGCGUCUGGGUCCGUCUACAUGUCGUCCAGUAUGGUGGGUAAGGCUCGCUCCUCCAACUUCACCCUGUCUGAGAAACUGGACCUGCUGAAGCUGGUCCGCCCACACAUUCUCAUCCUGGAGGAGCACACCAACAAGCACGCUGUCAUCGUGGACAAGAACAAAUGCUGGGACACAGUGUCUGAUCAGUACAACGUCCUGGGGGGGGACAGGCCCCCCCGCACUGCCCAGGGCCUACGCACCCUCUACAAGAGGCUGAAGGAGUCAGCCAAACAGGAAGUGAUGCAACGGAGACACGCCCAGCCAGAGUACAGAGGAAGUAUAUCUGAACCAACCAGGAGAGUGAUGGAGAUGAUACCUCACCUUUUCCAUCAUGGCGCUAUCCACCAUGAUAAAGACCCAGCGACGAUGCACAGGGUGAUGUAUAAGCAUGACUCUCCCAUGGAGCAACCUGGCAGCAGCUCCUCCCUCCCAGACUACCCAUCAAACCCCGUCACCCACCACCUGGACCAGGAUGUGGUCAGGCUGGACCAGGAUGUGGUCAGGCUGGACCAGGAUGUGGUCAGGCUGGACCAGGACGUGGACGUGAAGCCUCCGCCAGACCUGACCAUCCUCUCCACGCGUGUGGGGGUGGUGCUAGGAGGAGAGGGGGCAGAGGAGGAAGAUGAGGACUUGGGCAGUGUCCAUGGUUAUGACGGCUCCCUCUCUCCCUGCCCAUCCUCUGUCGUCCUGCCCCUCUCCACCUCACCCGUUCCACUGCAACGUGACCUUUACCUUCAUGACCACUACCCCCGCCGUGACCCUGACAGGCUCCGUCCCCUUCAGCUGGCCAAGGAGGAGCACGAGCAGGUCAUGACCAAUCACAGAAAGAUGGGCGUAUACCUGGAGGAGAAGAGGGAGGGGCUAAAGAGGAAGCAGGAACUGGAGGAGGAGCUUCUGAGAGCAAAAAUCAAAGUAGAGAAACUGAGGGCAGCCAGGCUGAGACAUGGACUUCCACUGCCCCUAUAACUAACACACCCAUGGCCUGACUGGGCUGACCAUAUGGAACUCAGGAGGAUGCUCUGAACUGUUUCUAUGUCUGUGUUUAGUGUGUGGAAGAGGGGUUUGGCCUGAGAAAUCAUGUUUGUGUGAUGAACAGUGAGUUUGAGGGAGGAUUUCAAGGUCCAAUGCAGCCUUCUCAAUCUCAAAUCAUUUCUGGGUAACAAUGAAUUACAUUACUGUGAUUGUUUUCUAUUAAAAUGCUCAAAAAGAGACAAAAAUAGAUUUUUAGCAAAGUUCAAUUUCUCAAGUAAGAAUUUUGCUAGGAUUGUCUGCGAGUGGUCUGAGUGGGGAGGGGAAAAUUGAUAACAAACUAUUAUUGGCUGAACGGUUUUCAACUCUCUUUCUUAUUGGUCUAUUAACACAUUUAUGGUGAUGUCACCAGGCAGGCCAAAACUCCAUCCCACCAAAAUAGGCUGACAUUUCAGCCGAUCUUUUCUAACAAGCUAAAAAGGCAUUAUCAUAGUUUUCACCAUUUCACAUUAUUCCAAUCUCAUAGUGUGGAAAUAUACAGUACCAGUCAGAAGUUUAGACACAUCUACUAAUUCAAUUGUACUAUUUUCUACAUUGUAGAAUAAUAGUGAAGACAUCAAAACUAUGAAAUAACACAUUGAUUUUUUUUUAAACAAACACAUAUUGCACUAAAAAAGUGUUCGACAAAUCUAAAUAUAUUUUAUAUUCUUCGAAGUAGCCACCCUUUUGUCUUGAUGACAGCUUUGCACACUCUUGGCAUUCUCUCAAACAGCUUCAUGAGGAAUGCUUUUCCAACAGUCUUGAAGGAG